UUUGUUUACGAUUUUUGAAUUUUUUGGUUUUUUGUUUUCAAAUUCAAAAUGAAAUUUAUAAGCUUAAGCGGUAAUCCUAAUUAUCCAUGUAAUAUAAUUAAAUUUAAAUCAACACAUAUUAUGUUGGAUUGUUCAUUGGAUUCAACCACUGUAUUAUCAUUUUUACCAAUGACAUUAGUACAUAGUAAUCAUUUUAAUUCAUUACCAAGUUGGAAUGCAACCAAAGAAUUUACUGUUGAACCUUUAUUGGAAAAUGAAAUCAAAGAAUGUUUGGGUAAAAUUUUUGUUGAUAGUGCGCCGGAAUUCUGUCUACCAGAGUUUUCUUACAUAGAUAUGAAAAAUAUCGAUGUAAUUCUAAUAUCAAAUUAUCGUUCAAUGUUGGCAUUACCAUUCAUUACGGAAAGAUCUGAUUUUAAUGGUUUUGUUUAUGCAACUGAACCAUCAAUGAAUAUUGGUCGUUUAUUUAUGGAAGAAUUGGUUACCUAUAUUGAACGAAAUCCAAAACUUAAACGUGCAACAGCAUGGAAAAAUUUAAAUAUUUUUCAACAUCUUCCAUUUCCAUGUUUUCCUGAUUCAAUUUUACCCACUGUAUUGGAAAAUAUUUAUUCAAUGGAUGAAAUUAGUAGUUGUUUAUCGAAAAUAAAACCCGUUGCUUUUUCCGAAAAAAUUAGUAUUUUUGGAUCAUUACAUUGGUAUCCAAUCAGUACUGGAUAUUGUCUUGGAUCAAGUAAUUGGAUUAUUGAAAGUGCACAUGAAAAAAUUGUCAACAUUUCUAGUUCAUCAACCUAUACAACACAUAUUCGUCCAAUGGAUUAUUUACCACUUAAAAAUGCUGAUUUAGUUAUUCUAACAUCACUAUCAUUGGCACCAACAACAAAUCCAAAUACACGUUUGAAUGAAUUUUGUGAUCAUGUUGAAAAAACAUUAAAAAAUGGUGGCAAUGUACUUAUUCCAUGUUAUUCUUCCGGGAAAAUUUAUGAUCUUUUUGAAUGUUUGAAUGCACAUUUAGAUUCAGUUAGUCUUGGUGGUAUACCGAUAUUUUUUAUAUCACCAAUUGCUGAACAUUCAUUAGCAUAUUCAAAUAUAAUGGCCGAAUGGUUAUCAGAAGCAAAACAAAAUCGUGCAUUCAUACCGGAAGAACCAUUUCCACAUGGUCAACUAGUCAAAUCUGGUCGUAUAAAACAUUUUUCAAGUUUAAGUGAAGAAUCAUUUAAUAAUGAAUUUCGUAUGCCUUGUAUUGUUUUUACUGGUCAUCCAUCAUUACGUUUUGGUGAUAUUGUACAUUUUAUUGAAUUAUGGGGUUCAAAUCCAACCAAUAUGAUAUUGAUGACUGAACCAGAAUUUCCUUGUUUCGAAGCAUUAUCACCAUAUCAACCAUUAUCAAUGAAAAUUAUUUAUUGUCCAAUCGAUACACGACUAACAUUUAUUCAAGCAAACAAAAUUAUUCGUGAUAUAAAACCAAAAAAUCUUGUAUUACCAUAUCAAUAUACAAGACCAUUUUCAUCAUCAUCAUCAUCAUCAGGUGAUAAUCAUAAUAAUAAUAAUAAUAAAUCAUCAUAUGAAACAAUGAUUGAAGCUGAUUGUAAAAUGUUUUCAUAUCAUCGAAAAGAAACAAUUAAAUUACCAAUCAAAUGUAAAUAUGAACGUUUAUUAAUCGAUUCGGAGCUUAUAUCAACAUUAACAACACAUCAGAUUGCUAAUGGCAUAAAAAUUACAACCAUUACAGGAAUUUUAGAAGCUAAAGAUAAUAAAUUUCGUCUUGGACCAAUAACAAAAAAUCAUCGUAAUGAAUUUCGUAAUCAAAUGCCAACACAAACAUUACCACCAAAUAAAUAUCUAAUUGGAAUGAUUGAUAUGAAUGAAUUAUUACGAUUAUUAACACACGAAGGUUAUCAAGAUGUUAUAUUGAAUAAAUUUAAUGAUAAAAGAUAUCGAUUAGAAAUUCCUUCAAAAGGAAUCGCCAUCGAUAUUGAUGAUGAAACUAAAUCAAUAAUGAUCAUCACUGAAGAUUGGCAAAAUAAUUGUCGAUUAAUUAUACGUGAAUUAUUGGCCAAAUGUUUAAUUGAAAUCUAAAUCAUUCAAUGUUUGUGUUACGGGAUAAAAAAAAUUUAGAAUUUUUUUUCCCUUCAAAAUUGAAUUAAAAAUUCUAAAUUGCUUAAAUAUUUCAUAAAUUUUUGU